CUCCGGGUUUUCUGUGUACCUUUAUUGGCCUCGUCGCCUAUCGCAGAGCGUAGGAUGCACUAGUGGGAACUGAAACAUUAUGGCUGCCAGUCUUUCCUUAACUCAGCUUUCGAGUGGGAACCCUGUGUACGACAAGUACUAUCGACAGGUCGAUCCAUCUAGCAGUGGGAGAGUAGCAGCCACUGACGCAGCCUUGUUCUUGAAAAGGUCUGGUCUUUCAGACCUGGUCCUUGGCAAGAUAUGGGACUUAUCAGAUUCGGAAUGCAAAGGCUUUCUAAACAAACAGCAAUUUUUUGUUGCACUACGAUUGGUGGCAUGUGCUCAGAAUGGACUUGAGGUUGCCUACAAAAGCCUCAGCGUGGCUGUGCCUCCGCCAAUGUUUCACGACACAACCAGUCCUCUCCUCUCAGCAGGUGUGCCCAUUGACAGUGCAUGGAUAGUCAAGCCAGAGGAAAAGGUGAAAUUCGAUGCCAUCUUCGACAGUCUCUCCCCAGUGGGUGGCAUGCUCACAGGGGACAAGGUCAAACCUGUGCUGCUGAACUCCAAGCUCCCUGUAGAUGUGCUGGGCAGGGUUUGGGAGCUUAGUGAUAUAGACAGAGAUGGAAUGCUGGAUAAAGAUGAGUUUGCAGUGGCAAUGUAUUUGGUAUAUAGAGCUCUUGAAAAUGAGCCUGUACCCAUGGUUCUGCCCCCUCCACUGGUUCCACCAUCGAAAAGGAAAAAAGUGACUUCACCUCCUGUCAUGCCACUCCUCCCUUCACCACCAUCACUCAAAGAAAGGCGUUCCACUCAAUCUGGUUCUCAAACAUUGCCCGCUAAACCCACACCUCCACAGUGGGUUGUGUCUCCUGGCGAUAAGGCUAAGUAUGAUGAGUUGUUUACAAAGACCGACAGUGAUCUGGAUGGAUUGGUGUCUGGGCCGGAGGUGAGGGACAUCUUCCUAAAGACAGGACUGCCCUCUGCCACACUUGCUCGAAUAUGGGAGCUCUGUGACAUUGGAGACAUUGGAAAACUGACCCGAGAGCAGUUUGCAUUGGCUCUUUAUUUAAUCAAUCAGAAACUUUCCAGAGGCAUUGACCCACCCCAAACUCUCUCUCCAGAAAUGAUUCCUCCCUCUGAUAGGUUAUCACGGCAGAAUAAUGCCUUGUCAUGUCAGGCUGCAGACUUCUCUGCCAUUAAAGAGUUGGAUUCCCUCAGUAAUGAGAUUAUGGACCUGCAGAGGGAGAAAAGCUCUGUGGAACAAGAAAUCAAGGAAAAGGAAGAAAGCGUUAGUCAGAGGACCAACGAGGUGCAGGACCUGCAGGAUGAAGUGCAGAAAGAGAGCGAGGAGCUGCAGAAGCUACAGGCAGAGCGACAGGAGGUGCAGGAAGCACUGGAGAGACUGGAUGAGCAAAAGUUGUCCCUAGAGGAGCAGCUCAAGCUCAUACGCCAGCAAUGUAGUCAGGAGAACCAGCUGAUCCAGUCUCUGCAGGCUGAGCACUCUGAGCAGGAGCAGAGGAUAGGAGACUAUGAGGAGGAGUUGGUAAGGGCACGAGAGGAGUUGCUUUCUCUUCAGGAACAGAGCCGCACGCUGGGGGAGAGAGUGCGCUCAGCCCGUGAUCAGCUCUGCCCUCUACAGGAUGCAGUAACAGAGUCUCACACACAGAUUGCACAGAUGCAGGAAAGACUGGCUGAACUUAAGACCGAAGAAAGAGAGGUUGAAGCCCAGCUUUCUUGGAAGGUCUUAGUAGAGGAGCCACCAUUCGUCAAUGGCUCAGCACCCCCUACUGAACAGACAAAGCCACUACAGUGGCCACAGCCCACAGAACACUCUCCAAAGAAACCAGAUGAAGAGGAGGAUGAAGAGGAGGAGGAGGAGGAGGAGGAAGAGCUCACUCCCACGGAUGAGCCACAGGAACUAAGAGUGCUUGAGACAGAAUCAGCAGAACUGUCUUUCAGUCCUAAGGAGCUUAAAGUUGAUGCCGUGGAAGACCUCUUCACCAGCACAAUGUCCUCAGCCAGCACUCUUGGUGCAGCUUGGCCUCAAAAUGAAAUGGAAGGUUCGUUACCUGCUGGCGAAUGGGGGCUAAAGGAAAUGGAAAUAAAACAGCAGGGCAGCACCUUAAAGGUGGAGUCUCCAGUUCCUGAGCAAAAGGAGGAGUCCUCCCAACCCAUAGGUGCUCAUAGUGACAGUUCAGCAUCCGUCCCUCCCGUCGACUUCUUUCCAUCUGAUCCCUUCAGCGACAGUGACCCUUUCAAAAGCGAUGACCCCUUUGCAAAAGACAUUUCAGAUCCAUUUGGUGGUGAUCCUUUCAAAGGCACAGACCCAUUUGCCACUGACUCUUUCUUCAAGCAGUCUUCCUCUACCACAUUCUCCUCACAAGAUCCAUUUGCUUCUUCCGACCCGUUCAGCUCAAACACAGGCUCUGCAGAACCAGACCUGUUCUCCUUCCAGAUCAACAACACGGCUGCAUCCGAUCCGUUCUCUAAAUCAAACACCGUGCCAGCGGAUCCAUUUAGUUCUAGCAGUGGUAGCACACCGUUCACUUCCAAACUUGAUGAACUUGAUGACUCCGAUCCCUUCAGCUCAUCAGCUGGGGCAGGGAAUGACCCGUUUGUUGGGUCAGAGCUGUCAUCAAAGGAAACACCAGCAGAUGCUAAUGACCCAUUUGCUCCUGGAGGAACAGUGGUGAAGGCUGACUCGGAUGCUGAUCCCUUUGCUACAGUAUUUGGUACUGGUACUGAGUCCUUUGUAGGAGGUUUUGCAGACUUUAGAACUUUGGAAAAGUCUGAUGGCGCUGACAACUUUGCCUCAAGUGCACUUAGUAAGAAUCUAUUUAAGGAAGAUAACCAGUUAGAUGUGCCUCCUGCAUUACCACCCAAAACUGGCACUCCAACCAGACCACCCCCUCCUCCACCAGGUAAGCGGUCGAACAUCUACCGGUCAGAAUCAUCAGACUCAGUUCAGAGGCGUGGAAUUGGGGAGUUUUCCUCCCUUCCUGCUAAAGACACUGUGCCAGACCCUUUUGCUCCCUCUUCCCCCUCCCAAGUCCCACGCGAGCCUGACCGAUUUGCCACCUUUGACAAAUACCCCACAGAAGAGGACAUGAUAGAAUGGGCAAAGAGGGAGAGUGAGCGAGAGGAGAGGGAGCGUGUGGCCCGACUCACCCAGCAGGAGCAGGAGGAUCUGGAGCUGGCCAUCGCACUCAGCAAAUCGGAACUUUCUUGACCAGAACCGGCCCUGAACCACACUGCCGAGGAAGAAGAGGAAAGGAUGAAAAGCUAAACUUACGGGUGCUGGGAUUUCACAAUCCCACUAGUUUUAGUAUAGUCCAAAUCUCCCUCCCCAUCCCAGUUUUAUGUGUCAGUAUAUCAUCUCUUUCCAUGUUGCCAGUGACUCUCCUGAAACCUGUGGUUUUGGGGAAGAAGUGGUAUAAAGGUGAAGGACUAAAACACAACCCUUGGUUUGCUACUUUGUUGCGAUGUGUUUCCUUGUGUUAAAAAAAAAAAAUCAAAGAUUUAUAUAAAUUGAUAUUUCUAACUCAAAUACGUGCCGCUAUGAAGUGUCACUGGCAUAUUAACACACUUUCUCCAAUUGCUACCGUUCAUGUCAUUGAAGUGGAUUGUCAGUUGAUUUAAGUGCAAAUAUAUAGGGACAGUUUAACAGGUUUGACAUUAAUCAGAAGAAAAAACUCAGUCCUUUUAAAACUGCUGGGUUUAAUUUGAGUGAUGUGUUAAUUACAGAAUAGUUUGAGGUUGUAUUUAGGAGCAAAGGUGGAAGAAAUUGUCAGUGAAAGUGCACUGUUCAUAAAUAGAAAAUUAGUGGUAAUAUGUUUAUAGAAGUGACGGGCAAAUAGAUAUCUUUCAUAACAAAGCAAUACAAUUUUGCUUCAUGAUCAGUAUACACUAUUUGGGUAUUCAGUAUGCCCUGAACUUAUUUUCUACUUGGAUGGCUUCUUCUAAACUGGUUUACAGAAGGCAGGUUGGGAUCCAUCACAUUUUAAACAGAGAAAUCAUUAAAGACUCCUGUACAUAUGUUUGUCCUGGACUGCUUUAGUGUAUACAAUUUCAUUUUGAAGCCAGGGCACUUCACUGACUUUAUAGGAUUCUGUUUAGAAGAACACUCACUCAAACCCCUGAUUAAAAUGAUUUUUAAGACUCUCAAAGUAAAAAGUUCUUUGUGGGAGAAGUUUUUCUCAUAUGACAUUCACAACCCAAUUAGAAUGUCUACAGGCCAUCUUCAGGUUUCCAAAUUAUCUAAGAGUCCAUUAGUCCUCCUUACAUAUGAGAAUUAGAAAAUAUACAGUAUAUAAAUAUCCUGUUAUAAGCAUGUAUGAUUCUCAAAGCAUAUCCUUAAUACAUAAUAUUGUAUGUAGGGCAUUCAAAAUAUAUAUAUUUUAUAAUAUAAUAUAUAUUAUUAUUAUUAUUAGAUAUAUAUAUAUAUGUAUAUUUUAUAUACAUAUAUAUAUAUAUGUAUAUUUUAUAUACAUAUAUAUAUAUAUAUAUGUAUAUAUAUACAUAUAUACAUGUGUGUGUGUAUAUAUAUAUAUAUAUACACACACAGACAGUAAAUAAAAAACACAGACAGUAAAUGGUUUCCAAUCUCUAAAACCAAGGAAAACUGAUUUGUGUUGAAAUGCCUCCUACAUUUCUUUUAACUUCUCUAUUUUCUAACCACAAUACACUUAAGUUGCUGAAGUAUCUAAGAGAAGGAAUGAUUGUGCAGUAUGUCUAAGACUGUUAAGUCUUUUUCAAAUUAAGGAGAGUUUUCUUUUGAUGUCAGUGUGGCAAUGAAUAGAACAAAAAGAAAACACUAAACAAAAAAAAAAUUAGAAAUAAAUAUUGACCCUAUACAAUCUAAGUGUUGUAGGAAUUCUGAGUGUCUUGUACCAUUUCAGUCACUUCUGAGUAGGUUACUGUUAUCAGAACACAGAGAACGUCUGUAGCACUGGUUUGCAUUUUAAACCAUCCUCUGCCUCUGUCCUUUGGGUUUGACCUCAAUGCAUUUGUCUACAUUCUAAAGUCUUAAGUGACCACAAGAACAAUAGAUGCACUUUGUCAUUCAUUCUCUACAUAUGAAAGCAUUGCACAUGAUGAUUUGUAUCAGAUAAAAGCCCUUGCUUUUUUUUUUUUUUUGACAUUUCAAAUGUCACAUGUUGGAUCAAGAAUGUCCCUUUGAUUCAUAUAUUUCCAUUGGUGAGAAUCUGUCUGUCUAUUAAAAAAGGAAAAAGAAGGUAUUUUUAAUAAAGCACAAGUUACCCUGUCACAGUUUUCUGCCCAAUAGCUGAUAAAUGUUUUCAUGAGCAUUAUGAACACUGCAUUAUACCCUGUAAACCAGAUUUAAGUAUUGCAUAUUGCUUUAGAUAUAUUGCUUUAGCACUCUGUUUUAAGGAAAGAUUUGGCUUUCUAAUUGUAACUGCUUCUCUAAGUUCUGUCAAAGUGAUCUGUGCUUUUGCUCAUUAUGUAUGUGUAUGUAUGUAUGUAUGUAUGUAUGUAUGUAUGUAUGUAUGUAUGUAUAGGCCUUUAACUCUUCUUAUCCUAAACCACUUAUGUAUUGGUGUACUACAGACUUUUUAAAAUUGGCUUAAUGUAUUUUAUUUUUUUAACUUUACAGAAUGUGUCCCUUUUAAUAAGGACAGAUGUUUAAACAUGUUAAAUAACAUGUAAUUAACGCUAAAGAAUAAAUAUGAACCUUUCAACA